UCAGUCAUCGGUGGGGUUCCCAUUGGAGCUACGUACAGUGAAACGACUACACAGCAAUGCGGACGAAGAAGGGCAAAAACGAGGGGAAUAGUCCGGUUUUUUCUGACAACCCGGCGGGUCGGGGCUUUCCGUGGUCGUAAGGCGUAAUUUUACCGGGAUAUCCUCCUAAACCGCAAAUAAAAAAGGUCAUUAACUGGGUUGGAAGCAGCUCCGGGGCGGAUAUUUUCCCGACAAAACCCACAGUCGUAUUCCCAGCCCCGCUAGUGGGGAACAGUCAGCUAAAAGAAUGAUUGCUUGAAUAUUUUUAUACUGUCUUGUAGCUCCUUUUUUUUGUGUGUGCCAGGCUCGCUUCCAGUUUUUUUUACGGACUCGCUAUGGUGGACUCCCCUACCAUGAAGAAGACUUUCGUGAUCCCAGACAUAAAGCCAUUGGAUUUGUAUGACUCUACUAAGGCAAAAAUAUGCGCAAGUGUCCGAUGGCUAUUGGCAAAGUCCUACGGCAGUGCAGAAAAUGUCCCUGCAGAGCUGCGUGACCCCUUCUACUGUGACCAGUAUGAGCAGGAGCACCUUAAACCACCAGUCACGCGCCUCCUGCAGUCCUCAGAGCUCUACUGCCGCACCUACAGCCUAUUACUGGGGGGCACCGAAGCUGAGGCACAGCCCAAAGACAACGCCGCCCUGGUGCAGCUCCUCACUCAGAGAGGCAUAGUCUCCAAAGAUCAGGACACACCAGUGACUGAUGUCGACCUUCGACAUAAACCCAUCAAAAUGAGUGCUCACUUGGCAGUGAUCGAUGCCCUGAUGACCGUGGGAGCCAUGGAGACGGUGACUGCGGUGAAGACAUGUGGUUCUGCCGAGCUCCUGGGUGGAGCCUCCAACUGGGAGGAUGCUCUGCUUCAGUGGGUUAAUGUGUUAAACCAGAAGUUGAGAGAACGUACUGAAGGAGCCCAGAAUAACACAUCUCAGGCCAUUACAGAGCCCCAACCUGUUCAACCCUCAUGUCCUACUCGCUGGUACUGGAAACUUGUUCCUCUCCGCUACAGGAAGGAUAAAAUUCAGUCCAAACAAAAGCCUAUCUUCCCAGUGGUGAAUGAAGUCAAAGACCUGUCCAGUGGCUGUGCUGUUGCUGCAGUAAUACAUUACUAUUGCCCUGGCCUGCUGAGACUUGAAGAUGUUUGUAUGAAGGAGUCCAUGUCUGUAGCAGACAGCCUGUACAACCUGCAGGUCAUCCAUGAAUUCUGUGACAGCUGUCUGAAGAGCUGCUGUCACUUGGCACUGGAGGACAUGCUAUACACACCACAAGAGCUUCAGCUCAACUUGCUGAACUUCCUAGCAGAACUGCUUUACUGGUUUGAAAUAAGAAGGCCAGAAUUUGUUCAGCCAAUCGACACAUUAGAUGGAUCGACACCAGUAACACCAAGUAGCCUGAGUGGUAACAGUACCUCCCCUUCUAUCUUCAAGAAGCCUUUCCUCCCCAUCUCCUCUCCUGCGUCAGGAUCUUUGACUCAGUCUACCUCAAUGUCUCAUAUAGAAGGAGUUGGAAAGACAUGGAGCAAGAAACCUCUGAGCCGCCCCUUGUCAGCAGUAUCCUUCAGCAUUCCUUUUGGCCUGGACAGUGAUGUGGACAUUGUGAUGGGCAACCCUGUGAUAACCCGCUCUGUGAGCUCAGACCAACUCAACCCAGCAGGCCAAAAUAUGACCCGGGUGCCGUACACACCUCCUGAAGACCUUAGCCAUUUACUGAGCAAACCCCCUGGCCCCAAUGGUCCACAGAGAGCUUCUUGGGCCACCCAGACUCCCAGUAUUCCAAGGUUGGCGGAGGAGAAUGGCCUUGCAGCAAGUGAAACAGGAGAGCUGCCCACCAUUGAAGAGGCUCUCCAAAUUAUCCACAACGAGAGCAAGAUGGAGCCUCGUUUACACCCUGAUGGUGCGCCUGAUGGCUUCUACCUCCACUCUCCCGAUGACCCUGCAAGUUCGAGACAUAACUUACCCAACUUAGCACCCAUCAGCUGCUCUGCCCCAACACGCUCAGGAAUGAUGUACCGACCCACAGGAGAGUCCAGGGAGCCCACUCGCACCAGAAACACCUCUGAAUGUUCACGAGAUGAUGACUCUGUGUUAAGAGACGGCAGCGUGGACUCGGAUGCGUCCGAAGACCUGCCUAAGGCCCAGUCCACUCCAACCACACCAGCUGCUGGCACACACCCUGUUAGAAGCCAUGGCAAAGAGGUGCCUGACAGUGGUGUGAAGAUGACCAGCUUUGCCGAACGUAAAAAGAAGCAGAUUAUGGAUUCUCCCAAGGCCAGCGACCCCACUUCUUCUCAGAUGACAACGUGGGCCCAAAAGUCUGAGGAAAGUCCCACCAAGAGCCCACAACUCAAUAAUGAGAUGUCUGAGCUGGGGGUUCGGCUGGAAGAAAAGCGCAAGGCUAUUGAAGCCCAGAAGAAACGCAUUGAGGCCAUUUUUGCAAAGCACAGGCAAAGGCUGGGGAAGAGUGCCUUUCUGCAGUUAAAGAAGGAGCAACGUGAAGACGAAGACGGCCAGGUCAGCACUUCAUCCACAGAAGAAGACCUCUCUCGCUUGACCCUGGAAGAAAGGCUCGCUCAAAUGGAAGAGGAAGAGCAACAAGAACAAGAUGAACAGCACCUCUCAGUGGAGGAUGAGGGUAAUGUCAAAGAAGGACAUAAGCUUAACAAACAGGUCAGUCACUCCAAAGAAAAGGCAGGUACACCAGGAGAAAAGGGCUCUGGGACACCUGGUGAGAAAAUGGUAGCGCCACUAGGGGACUAUAACAAUGCUGUAUCCAAGCUGACUGCAGCUCUUAACUCCCUGCAAAGUGACAUGCAGCGUCUGACUGAGCAGCAGAACCAGCUAAUCAACAAGAAAGCUCCAGCUUCCAGCAACAAAACCUGGGUCAUUCCAGCCAGCCCUAAAACCUCCACCCCAGCCCCUACUUCUGCACGCAUGUCACGAGAAUCCACCAGAGAUUUAAAUUCAGCCUCUUCCUCUCCCUCUCCAUCCCGCAAAAUCACAAACCACACCACUCCUCCUAAAUCUCCUCAUGUCCAUCGUAGAGCCCAGUCUGUGCCCCCUAAAACCCCGAAACACCACCAACACAGUCGUCCCUUGGAUGUUAAGGUCCCAACCCUUUCGAGGGCCAUCACUGCGCCUCAAAACGUGGACCGGAUCCCCCACCUCCGUCGUGUAAAUCCCUUGCAAUCCCAAGUCCACACUUCGUCCUCAUUCUCCAUUGGUGACUCUGAUCGCCUGGAUGAGCUGCGUUCUUCCGGACCAACUCCUGUUCCCACACCUACACUGACCCCUGUACAAACUCCUACCCCGACUCCCCGUCCUGCCGCAGAUGACACCCUGUCAGAGAUAGGUUCAAAUGACGAUCAUAGUAUAUUUAGUAUGGACCUGGAGGCCGGGCCCUCCCAUGGCCUUUCCGCAAAGAAGGAAGGGUUUGCAGGUGGGGGCUGCAGCUCUGGUGCCCCCUCAGAGUGCUCCUUCGAGAGUGAUGCCCCUGCAGGGAUGUUGAAUGGCAAACGUAGUAGCCUGAUAGAGAUUUCACUGUCUGCUCUGAGAGGAGAUGGGGAGGAGGAUUUACCCGACGCUUUCUCUGACUCAAUGAGUGACCAAACAGAGCCAGAGAUGAAAGCAGGGCUUGGUUUCUUUUUCAAGGAUGACAAGGAGCGACCGGAGGAUGAGAUGGCCCAGAAAAGAGCAGCUUUGCUGGAGAAACAGCAGAAAAGAGCAGAAGAGAUUAAAAGACGCAAACUUGAGCAGGAAAAAGAAAAAGAAUCAAACAAGCCUCAGUGGAUGAUCAUCGAGGGCUGGGGAAACAAGAGUGAGGACAGACCGCAGACCCCAGGCACCUCUCCAGCAUCAAGUACCCCAGUAGAGGGGACGCCCCAGCGCAGAGGAGACUUCACUAAACAGGAGUAUGAGAGGAGACACCAGCUGAAGAUCAUGGAGGACUUGGGCAAGGUGCUGAGGCAGAAACCCACCACGGUUCGUGGUGUCAAGAAGCAGAGACCCAAGACUGUAUUCAGAGAUGACUCCGUCCUCUCUCAUAGCCCUGUCAAGGGUUUCAUGGGCACCAAGCUGAACAAGGUGUACUCCCAGUCAACCACGAACCUGUCCUCUAUGGCUAAUGACUCUGGAGGCUUGACUGUCAGGAAGUCUCCAAGCCGUUCACACUCUCCCUCCCGGCUAAUGUCACCAAGACGAACGAGUGCUCAGAACGGAGAGAAGGACUGGGAGACUGGCUCCACUAUUUCCUCCCCUGCCUCAAUCCCAGAAUACACAGGACCAAAGCUGUACAAGGAGCCAAGCUUUAAGUCCAACAAGUUCAUCAUCCAUAAUGCUAUCACUCGCUGCUGCCUGGCUGGCAAGGUCAAUGAACCACAGAAAAACAAGAUUGUAGAGGAAAUGGAGAAGAGCAUGGCCAACCAUUUCCUCAUCCUCUUCAGAGAUACCAGCUGCCAGUUCAGAGCAGUUUAUACCAUGAACUCUGAAACUGAGGAGAUGAUACGGCUCACUGGCAUUGGGCCCCGGAUCAUCGCACCUGAGAUGGUUGAGUCCAUUUACAAGUACAGCUCUGACCGCAAGCAGUUCACUGCCAUCCCGUCCAAAACAAUGUCCAUGAGUGUUGACGCCUUCACCAUCCCCGGUCACUUUUGGCAAAAGCGCCCAGGGACUCCGAAGAAGCUUGGCACCCCCAAAUAAUGAUAUACCCAGGAUGGGUGUUACAAUUCAGGGAACCAACUCCCAACUUGACUCCUGUUGUCCUCUGUUUUGGCGAGUGAGGCACUUGAGAUUGUUUAUUACCCAGUUAGAUGAGCAGUGGACAGCAUGACUGAUGAGGCUUUUGGCCAGCUUGCAGCCUGGAUCCCGAGAACAAUCCAGUCAACUCUACAUGCCAACAGAAAGGGCCAAUCACUCACUCAUUCAGCCAAUGUAGUUACAAUAGUUUCUCUCUUGAGAGCUUCUGAUUGGCUCUGCCUGGUCUACCUAGAUUGUAAAAUGUAAUGUGAUUCUGUCGGGAUGAAGAAUUCUCUUUACCUUGCCCCCUGCCUCCUCAUGCCUUGCCUUACCCUGCCCCUGGGGUCAUUUUUAUGACUCUUAGGUAAGAAAAAGAGGGGACAACCACACUGCCUUUGCCCACACAACAGUAUUUUGGGCCAGAGUAGUUCCCGCCCCUCUCAAUUCUGCUUGCUUUUCCUUUUGCUGCCUUUCUUCUUCCAGGGCUCACUCUCUCUCCAGUCUACUGAGAUAAGUGGCUCAGCUCUCAGUUCUGAUAGGAGAUCUCAGCUGAAAAUGAAUAGCAGGUAACACUGCUCUCAUAUGAAUGUAGGACACACACUAACCACUCAUUCCAUUCAGAGGUGUUUUCACUGGUUGGUCAGGACAAGAAAAUAUUGGGUUGUUCCUCUGUGGGCCGCACUGGUGGUGGCUACUGUGGUUGUCAAUGGACUUGCACACCUAGAAACUGCCUGUGCCCCCAUAGUUCAUGCAUUCCACUCCAUUCCAACUCUCCUUCAGCUGUAGACAUCUGGAUGUUUUUUUUAUACUCUUUUGACAUGUUUUUGCUGGACAAAUCGCUUCGGCCUUUGAGAGCUGAAAGAAGAAUGAAAUUCAUGUGACCUUUUCCUCUUAACUUGCUUUCUCAUUUUCAACAUGUGAUGAAUUGAAAUGUUAUCUGAGCUAUCUUGAAAAAAAAAAAAAAUCAAUACUGGAAACAUGAAGGAGGGCUUUAUCAUGUUUAUCACUACUUGGAUACAGCUCUGUGUGAAAAUGAUAAUCAAUGCUGAUUUAAUAUAUACUGAAUGCUGAUUACUUUGAUUUUUUGACAAUGAUUUGUAAAAAGUAAGUUAACCUUUGUAAGCUACGAAUAAGCUAGCCUGCUGCUUAAGCAUUAGUGAGAUGUAUGUUUGAGAUGAGAAUGAGUGAAUGAGAAUGAAUAGAAAUUGUCAAACAGCUGAAAAUUGCUGAAACCUUUUGUCUAGGGAUUAAUAAAUCCUUUAGGUAACUAGGAGUCCGUUUCUUAUGAUAUGAUUCCCUGUUUGUGUGCCCUGGCAUAUGGACAGUAGGUUUCUUAAUGAAGGAUCAUUCCGGACUGUAACAGCCCUCAUCUUCCCCAAACAGUCUCUAGAGACUCCUUCAUUCAUAACUGGGGGAAUGUAACACAAAGAGCUGUUUUCUUUUUCUUUCAGUGUCUCCAUGCUAUUUGGAAAAACACUUGACCCUGCAAUUAAUUGUGAUCAAGUCAAUACUACCACAAAAUAUCUGUGGGAAAUUGGCCUUCCUUUGCAGUCUUUAGCACUACAGCAGCUGCCGUGGCGCAGCUGUCUUCUUUCAAAUCACUGACUGCCUCCAAAAAAUGUGUUGUUUGAAUGAGAUUCCAAUGCAGAUGUGAAAAAAAAUGUCGAGCAGCAUUUAGGAAAAAUGGUAAGAUGAUUGAAUAAAAGUGUGAGUGGAGGAGUGCAUAUGGAAUUAGUGGAUGUUUGUAUUUAUGUGUUUGUAAAGGAUAGUAUGUGGUAGUUAUACACUAUAUUUUGAUUCUGUGCAAUUCUCCCUUAGAAACCCCCAUGUCACCCAGAGGUGUAUUUAUUUGGUUUGCAUUAGAUGGUGCAUUUGAUGUUUAGUUCCAGGUUUUACUUAAGUCACUUUUGGUUAAGGUCGUAAAUCACUCAUUCAUUUCAUAGAAGUUGUCAUAAAAUAUGUUUAUGUUGUUUUCUUUCUGUUCUGUUAUCAAAUCUGUGCCAGCACAUUAUGUAUGUUCAUUUCACAAAUUGACUAUCCUUGGCAACUGGACCAGACAAAUAAAAAUCCUUUUUAAAUCAUCA